UUCAGAGAAUUACUUGCAGUUUCGGGCAUCUUUUCUACAAUAUUUUCUUAUGCAUAAAAAGCAAUUAAAAAAUGUACUCAGAAUAUGGGCCUAAUACAUGUGGCUAAUACACGGAUGAAUGAAUUUCUAACGCUAUAUAUUUGUUGAUAUGCCAGCGACCACCAUGUAAACCUACGCACAACUUGACUCAUAUUUGGAAUAGACGGGUUGCAUAUUUAGAGAUCUCCUCUAAAAUUUCUUGCUAUUCAUUUGGGACUUAGAUACGAUCGAUUCUUGAGCUGGAUUUGGUCUGAGCCAUUAACGAAUACCAUCGGGCAAUUCUCAGCUGGCAGCUGGAGGGCGAAGACGAAGGCGAGACGGCUUCAGCGGCGAAAGAAAAGAAACGGUGUCGUAUACCCUCUUAAAAUACUAAACAGCACAUAAGUACUCUGAAAGAGAAGGGCUGCGACAUCCACAGUAAUUUGGUGAAAAAAUGGUGAGAUUUAGCAGAGCGCUAUUGAAAGAAGCAGGGAAUGGAAUCAACAAAACUCUCUCAGAAAUUCUGGUCUGCCCACUGUCCAAGCAACCCUUGAGGUAUUGCGAGAAGACGAAGACUCUCAUCAGUGAUGCUAUCUGUGUCUCUUAUCCUAUAAAGGAUGGAAUCCCUUGCUUAGUUCCAAUGGAUGGUAAGAUAAUUGAAGCUGAUAAUGACACAAAACCUGAUCGCGCUUCUGAUUCAUCUGCGAAGAAUUAGGAGUAAUGAUGAGAUAGUCAAUAAGCUCAAACAGAUGUAUUGAAAUGCUAUUUGGCAUUGGUAGAAGAUAACUAUGUGAAUGCGGUGAACUUGUUCUUUCCACCAUACAAAUUCUUUUCUUAUAUUUGUGAGGUGUCUACGUCAACAAAUGCAACAUCAAAGUCAUUAUAUUUUGGUCUGC